CGCCACAUUUAACGUACAUAAUAAAGCAAGACUUAUCCGGGCAACAAAGAAUGGGGGGUUCCGACUCAAGAAAACCCAUUUAUCAUGGUCAUAACGAUGAAGAUGUAGAAGAGUUUCUUGAGGAUUACGAAGCAUAUUGUGCAUCAAAGGAUUGGGAUGAUGCUAAAAAACGACAAGAUACAACUAAUGAAUCUAAUGUAACAAAAUCGGAUAUGGACGAUCUUACAACAGCUUUUAAUGCCAUGAAAAUCUGCCGUGUUGAUCAGAAUGCAGACCAAGAUGACCGAAUGAGCAAAAUGGAAUCAAGCAUCAAAGAGUUAACAAAAGCCAUUAUAAGCCUUAAAGAGAAUAAACCACCUAAUGCACGACUAAAAGGCGAAAGUGAUGAAUACCUGAUGAUAAAAGCCGAAGAAGGCAAAUCAUUGUUUGAUGUAAGAAAUUUGGGCAAACGAAGACGAGUAGAGGACGAACACGAAAUGCCUUCAUGGGCACAGAAAAGUACUUACAUUGAAACACCCGAAGAAACUGAACAAUACAAAAAGUGA